GCUUGUGCCGUUUUGGCGUGUUGUGAGUUGGGUUGGCCCCCACAGUUGUGACCAAGCUGGCAGCCUUGUAGCAGCCCCGUCCAAAAUUGCUGCCUCGGCUAACAUCUUUCAGCAAUGAUCAAAGUGGAUGAAAAUGAUCCAGUUGGAGAGCUGGAGCCGAGCUUCCCCUACAGGGAUGUGGUCAUCAAAAGGAAUGUGGACAUGAAACAAUUCUAUGAACUGGAAACUGAGAUAGGCAGGGGCAAAUUCGGCACAGUGUACAGAUGCAGAGAGAAAAGCAGUGGACUCCAGUUGGCGGCCAAGUUCGUGGGGAUGGGACGCCGACAGGAGCGUCGCAACGUUGAAAGGGAAGUGGACAUAAUGCGCACACUCCAACAUCCACGCCUCAUACAGCUCUACGACGCCUUCGAGAUAUCCAACGUCAUGUGUGUCAUACAGGAGUUGAUUGAAGGCGGCGAGCUGUUUGAGAGAGUGAUUGAUGACGAUUUCAUUCUGACAGAGAAGGCAUGCACUGUCUUUGUCAGACAAAUAUGCGAGGCAGUCGAGUUCAUACAUUCUCAGCACAUUCUUCAUCUCGAUCUCAAGCCAGAAAACAUCCUGUGCUUGACGCGGACCGGCAAUCGGAUAAAAAUCAUCGACUUUGGCCUGGCACGGAAGAUCGAGCCGGACAAGAAGUUGCAGGUGCUGUUUGGCACCCCCGAGUUUGUGGCGCCCGAGGUCGUCAACUUCGACCAGAUCGGAUUCGGCACAGACAUGUGGUCUGUCGGCGUUAUCUGCUAUGUGCUAUUAUCGGGUCUAUCACCGUUCAUGGGAGAAACAGACGUAGAGACUAUGGCCAAUGUAACAAUAGCACAGUACGACUUCGAUGAUGACGCAUUUGAUGACAUUUCGCAGGAUGCCAAGGAUUUCAUCAGUAAAUUGCUCAUGAAAAAUAGAGAGCAGAGAAUGUCGGCUUCCGACUGCUUGCUGCACUCCUGGCUGCGCCGAAAACCCCCACCCCUACACAAUCAACCUCCCUCACCCCCCGCCACCCGUCGCAUAUCAGGGGGUUUGGACAGCGCCAAGGAGAACCUCCGCGAGUUCGUUGAUAGAUGGUCACAGCAGCCCUCAAGUCCACAGAUGAUUGAGUUCAUCAAUGCCACCAGAAAGGACAGCUUGAGCCGGCAGAUAUCCGCUGACAAAAUGAAGAUACUCAACGAAGAGAACCAGCGCAACAGUGUUGACAACAAGCUCAACAAUAUUGACAAUAAGUGCAACAAUGUUGAUAACAAUACUGUUCCACUUAUCAACUCUGCCAACAAGCAGGACGGGCUGACUACAAGGAAUGCCAGUGUGGACAACAACAGAAACACCACCACACAGCAGCAACAACAACAUCCAAUUAAACCUCAACAGAAUAUUGCUGGGUUGGACAAAACUAGUGAUAAAUUAAUAGCUGUUGGCAAACCACAACAAAAUACUGUCGGGUUGGUUACAGCUGUAAAUAUUAAACCUAAUGAAGGAGUCAAAUCUAUAGGUGACAAAAAUCCUAACAAACCAGGAACAGUUGUUGAUAGAGUUGAAGGCACAAAUUUGAUAGGAAACGUUGAAACAAGACCAGCAGAUGUUUCUCCCAAUUUGAAGCUGGAUAUUGAAGCAGCCAAGAAGGCACCCCCAACCAAAACACCAAACUCUGUAACUUCCCCAGUAAAUUCUGACAGCAGCGGGACUGCAAAAGUGUCAACUCCUUCUGUUGUUAAAUCAGGGACAAUACCUAAAACACCUUCAGGUGGUAGUUUGAAAUUUGAUGCUACUUCUUCACCUAAGAAUUCUGUCACUGAAAGUUCUCAACAUCCUUUAUCUACAGUUUUGAAGAAGGAUGGAACAACUGAUAAGAUAACAUGUGUUGUCAGUGGCAGUGAAAGUAGUUUUCCAGCUCAGAUGAAAUUGGGAGCAGAAGAAAGUUUUGUUAAACCAAGUGAGAAUGUUGGUAAACCAUCUGUGAUAGCUCAAACACAAUCACCUUCUAGUCAAACAGUUUUGCAAUCACCCAAAGUCGAAUCACCUGGCAUCAAGCAGCAAGUAAGCCUACCUCAAGUUCCAGCUGCAGCUAGUCCUAGUCCAGUUCUUGAGAAGCCAACCUUAGGAAUCCAAGCCCCUCCAAAUCAACAGAAACCUCUCUCAUUAACUGCUGUCACACAAGUCAGUGUGCAGUCAAAACAAGUUGCAGAGAAUUCUCCACAGCUGAAGCCAUCUUCAACUUCCAUAAGUACCUCACAACCAAAGCCACAGACUCAAAGUACAGUGCAAUCAAAGUUUGGAAAUUUGUCGUCUUCUGGCAUCAGACCAGCUAUUGAAGUUCAAUCUCCAAUUUCAUCAAAACCUAUCCCAUCACAAUCAAAGUCUGUGUCAUCAAAUAUCACUCAAUCGACUUCUGUACCACCAACUAUGACUCAAUCAACGUUUGGGAACUCACCUUCAACUAAAACCAAGCAGACUCCUGGGAUUCAAGCUCAAAGCCAGCCAUUGUCCAUAUCAACUCCCAAACUCUCUCAUGGAGCAGUUCAAUCUAAGUUUGGAAAUUUGUCAUCAUCUGAUCUCAAAACUUCCUCAAAACCUUUGGAACAAUCAUCAGAUCUUCCACUAAGCAGACAGUCAGUAUCAUCAACUCCAAACAAGCCUGGAACCUCGGGAAGUGCAAGUCAAGGACAUCCUACAUUUUUCCUAUCAACCACUGAUGAUGUGGUUGACAUGGAAGAUCAUGAAAUGGAUUCUGUACCAAAUGAGCUGAAGAAUGUUGUACAUGAGAUGCGGCAUAUCAGUGUUCAUAAACCAAAGAUGACAUCACAGCUAAGUGAACCAGAUCUCACCAAGUGCACUCUACAGCGGAACAUACCAGACAAAAAGCCUAGUAAUAGAGGGGUUGAACAAGAUCCUCCAAAAAGUAACAUAUUCAAGAGGGAUUCUAUAGAUUCCAGGAUGAAUAAGCCCAGUAUGAAACAUGUUCCACCUAAGAUUCAUGGCAUAGUCUUGGGACAAAGUCAAACAGAUGAAGAAAAGCUGGGACCAAAAGUGAUCAUGCAUAAGAUACAUGUGGAGGGAAGGAGUGAACCACUGAUACCUACCAGUAAGGAGAAUACAAGUAAGCCUCAACAAAAGCCAAUUACAAAGUCACAGACAUUGAGUAAGUUGGAACUGAAUGAGAGUGUGGAUAAGAGUAAAGGUCCAUCAAUGUGUAAUUUGAUUGCCAAGGAUAGGUUUGACAUGAGGAGGGGGUCGGAUAUCUCUUGUUUCCUCCAUAACACUGAGAACAUGGAGAGUCCUAGUUUGUCAGAGGAGAUCAAGAGGUUGUCGUCACGGCUUUUCCAGAAAGGACAAGAUGAGGAUUUGGGAAGCAGCUUGCCACGACUGAUUGGACAUUCAGCGUUCAAAAACGACCCGAUUGGCAGGUUCAUGGCCAACCAUGGUGUCAUCACGAAACGUCCCAAAUACCGGUUGUCUAAUCUCAACCGCGACGUGCCUUUGGGUUCGCCUCCUCCGAGCAGCAACAUUUUCUAUCACCUGUCCCACUCGGACAGCUUUUCCGACCCGCAUACCACCCACUCGGCACCUCAGAGUCCUACAGAGUCCCCGGAGCGAGAGAUGGCCGCCAGACACUCUGGCCUAACUCGUGACGUCAUACUAGGGCUGUUUGGCAACAAGAAAAGUGAGAAUGAUGACAUGUCCUCUGCAAGCACAAUAGACUCUUUGGCCUCCUAUUUCAAUAGAGCAAACUCCAAAAAUAUGUCAUCGUUUUUCAACAAUAAAUGAGACAAGACUGUGCGAGUAUUUUAAAGCUUUCACUAUGAGUGGGAAAGCCAACCAUUCAUAUCCACUAAUAAAUAAGGCAAAAUUUGAUGGUACCAUACAACAAUUACUGGUACCAUAUAGUUUUGAAUCUGAACAGGGCAAUUAUUCCGAAAAUCAUGUUAUAUUAUACCGUACAUGCACAGUAUAUAUAGCUUACGGCAUAAGGCAUAUGGUAUCAUAAUUAUAUUUUAUGCACAGUAAUGUAUUAGUUUAUCACACGAUAAAAUAUAAAUUCACAAGAAUAAAGCCAACACGAAUGUUAUGAGAAUUGCAACUAUGGCUGUAUUGAUAGUUUUUAUCCACUAGUCAUUCAUCAAUAUUGUCACCUCCCUCAUCAUAAUAUUAUUUUACAUCAACAUCAUCACUUCAAUAAACUCUAGUCUUUCUCGAUUAGUUGAAUAUGCUACUAUUGAGACAUUGUUUGUAAAAUAAUAAAUUUAUUAUUUGUACACUGAGAAGUAUAGUUUUAAAUAAAUUUGUACGUUUAGAAAAUGAA